AUGCAGGCAUCCUGGAGUCCAGUCCUCCGGGCCCUCCGCCCAUACCGAGAUGCUGACCCAGAUCGACUGAAGAUCUCCGGGACUGGAUCCUGGAACCUUGAAGCCUUCCUCUCCCCAGAGCUUAGGCUGGCGUAUCGUGAGCCCCACGUGCUCCGAUCUAUCCCUCCAAACCUGCUCCCGGGUCCGGACGGCGACGCUGAGCCCCGCGACCGCUCCCUCCGCCUCAUGCGACUUUGGGACUCGAAAGGGCUGCUCUUCAUCUCUUUCCAGAAGAAGGAGCAGCGUGAGGUUACGAGGGUCUUCGGGUCUUACAAGUCUGAGACGGCCGAUAGGCAGAUCGGCGAACGACGAGGCGCGAACUCCCUGGAGGGGAGGCUCGAGGGGCCGUCUAGGUUCCUACCGCCAGGCCAUAUUCUGUGUCAGCUUUCAGUGCCCCCGGGCCACCGCCUUAUAGGUGCAAGCACAGACCGGGCCGACUUCUACCACCAGGCGAGGAUCACCGCUUCGAAGGCAGAGGGGAACUGCAUUGGCCCCAGCGUGAGGCUCGGCGACCUUGAAGGGACCGCCACUCUGGCCAGAGCCCGCGCUCUCGCGUCCCUUGUCGACAAGAAGGGAGCCGUAUCGAGCCGGCCCCCCCCGCUUGGAGAGGCCUGCCUUGUGUCCGCAAAUGUGCCGAAGUCCCUCCUGCUGGGGCAGAGGUCAGAGGUCAGGCAGGCGAAGGCGUGCUACUCACAGGCAGGUGUUGCCGGCAGCCCCCACAAGGACAUAGACGGCUCCGACCUCUUCCUCGCCGCUGGUGCCCAGGUUGACUCUACAGCAGGCCCAGCCUCUGAAGGGCGAGUGUACGUCUCUGCCCCAACUCCAAAGCUCCUCGCCCUGUCCUUCUUGAGCCUGAAGGCCGCUGCGCUCCCCGUCAUCACUGAGGAGCUGGCUUCGAAUCUCGCUGGAUCAUGGAUCUCAGUUGUCAUGUACAGGAGAACCCUUUUCUCCAUCCUCGAUGGUUUCUUUAGUCUGGGGAAGUCUGAAGCCUCCCAAGCAAACGGCAGCCAUCUGAGAUUUUUCCCUAGGAAGCUUGCCCAGGAGCUCGUCCUUCUGGCCUGCCUCGCCCCCGUUAUGGUUUCCAACGUAGCGGCGACUUUUUGUGACCGGAUUUUCUGCUCAGACGCCUCGAUGCAGAAGGGAGCUUUCUGCUCUACUGCAGCCUCAGUUGAAGUGGCAGCUUCGCUCUGGCUGUCCGCAGACAAGAAGGGUUGUUACACCACUCUUGACCGCUCCUCUGCUACAGCAAAGAAAGAAGAAGAAGAUGAUGAUAGGGAUGCUCCCAAUGAGGAACCCGCGUCGCUGAGCCGGCCUCUGGCCUUUGAUUUCGACGCCCUCUGCCUGCUCUCCGGUUCGGCCAGCCUUGCAAGAGCCUUCGGAGUCUUGGGCUUCAGGCCCUCCCCUGUCAUUGAUCUCAGCACCUCCCCAGAGUACGACAUCGGCAGCUCCCAUGUCAAGGAGUGGAUAUUGUAUCUGCUGUGGGCAGGAAAGGCCCGCUCCUUGGUUAUUGUUCUCCCUGCCUCUGCCUCCCUCCGCAGGUCUGGGAUAGGAGACUCCCACGCAAAGGGCCCAGCUAGGCAUAGGCUCUUAGGCUGCUGCCUCUCCGUCUUCAAGGUUGCCGUGAGAGCAAUGCGGCCCGCGGCCCUUCUCUUUCCCAGGUCAGGUGAGGUCCUCUCCACUUGUGCCGCAAGGGGCCUUCUCAAGGUACGUGGAUGCCACCUCCUCCCCCCGCUUGAGAAGGGAGAGCCUGCUGCUUAUCCAGGGGUCUUUCACCUGCCUGGCCAUGUCCCUAGCGAGUUCUUUGUGUCCCGACAGGUCCCAGGCCUCGCUUCCCAAGGCUUAGCCAGGCUCAUUGGGACAUCCGCCACUAAAGGGGGCCCUUCUGAAGUGGGUUUGCCCGCAGGCCUUGAGAACGUGGCAGUAAACGAGGUCCUGCUGUGUUCCCCCUGGAGCACCGACAUGUCCUGGCGCUGGGACAGACAGCGACACAUUAACGCCCUCGAGACCGAAUCUGCCGUCACGAACCUGCGGCAGUUGGCCAGAGAGGGGAGGGACUGCCGAUCGGUCCAUAUCCUGGACUCAUCGUGUGCUCGCGGAGCACUUUCCAAAGGGAGGUCAUCGGCAAAGUUGCUGAGACCCGGCCUCAGGAGGGCAGCCUCCAUCUGCGUGGCUGUUCCCCGCCUACAUGUACGGCCCGACCAGAUUGAAUGUCUCCGACGAUCCCACCAGGGGAGCCGAACUCCGCGCACCUCAUGA